AUGACAAUAGUAAUUGUGAUGGGUUUAUCCUGCUUCUUUUACAUACUAGGUGCUUGGCAGAAAAGUGGGACAGGAAGGGGUGAUAGUAUAGCUCUGAGGGUUAACCAAGAAACUGACUGUACAAUCUUGCCAAAUUUGCACUUUGAAACCCAUCAUACUAUAAGUGGCGCUAAUCCAUUGAUCAUGUCCAAUAAAAUGAUUGAGCCAUGCCACAUCCGAUACAGUGACUAUACUCCUUGUCAAGACCAGAACCGAGCAAUGGCCUUUCCUAGAGAAAAUAUGACAUACAGAGAAAGGCAUUGUCCUGUAGAGAAUGAGAAACUGCAUUGUCUAAUCCCAGCACCAAAAGGAUAUGUCACCCCUUUCUCUUGGCCCAAGAGCCGUGACUAUGUUCCAUUUGCAAAUGCUCCGUAUAAGAGUCUGACAGUUGAGAAAGCUGUUCAGAAUUGGAUCCAAUAUCAGGGAGAUGUGUUCAAAUUUCCAGGAGGAGGAACGAUGUUUCCCAAUGGAGCGAAUGCUUACCUUGAUGAACUUGCAUCUGUCAUCCCACUCGCUGAUGGCACCAUCAGAACUGCACUUGAUACUGGAUGUGGGGUUGCAAGCUUCGGAGCUUACCUAAUGGACAGAAAUGUAUUAACCAUGUCAUUUGCACCCAGAGAUUCACACGAAGCUCAGGUCCAAUUUGCUUUGGAGCGAGGUGUCCCUGCAGUAAUUGGAGUACUUGGAACUAUAAAGCUCCCAUACCCCUCUAGAUCUUUUGAUAUGGCUCAUUGCUCACGCUGUUUAAUCCCAUGGGAGUCAAAUGGUGGUAUGUACAUGAUGGAAGUAGACCGGGUUCUGAGGCCUGGGGGUUAUUGGAUACUUUCUGGACCUCCCAUCAAUUGGAAGAAAUACUACCAAUCAUGGAAAAGGUCUAAACAAGAUGCAGAAGAAGAUCAACAUAGAAUUGAAAACAUUGCUGAAAUGCUUUGCUGGGAUAAAAUCUAUGAGAAGGAUGAUAUUGCUAUUUGGCAGAAACAAGGGAAUUCAUAUUCAUGUCAUCAAAAGGAUGGUCAUGCUAGCAAGAUGUGUGCAGUUCAAGAUGCAGAUGAUGUCUGGUAUAAGAAAAUGGAAUCUUGUGUAACACCUCCGGUAGAGGCAGCACAGCUAAAGAAGUUUCCAGAGAGACUAUCUGCCAUUCCUCCCAGAAUUCUGGAGGGUCAGGUCCCAGGUAUCACAGAAGAAGUCUAUGAGGAGGAUAAUAAGUUGUGGAAGAAGCAUGUCAAUACUUAUAAGAGGGUGAACAAGCUGAUAGGUUCUUCAAGGUACAGGAAUAUUAUGGACAUGAAUGCAGGCCUCGGAAGUUUUGCUGCAACUCUUCAUUCUCCCAGGUCCUGGGUAAUGAACGUUGUGCCCUCUAUAUCAGAAAGGAACACUCUCGGUAUCAUCUAUGAGCGAGGUCUGAUUGGUAUAUACCAUGAUUGGUGCGAAGCCUUCUCAACAUACCCUAGGACAUAUGACCUGAUACAUGGCAAUGGCAUCUUCAGUUUAUAUCAGAACAAGUGUGAUGCAGAAGACAUUCUUCUGGAGAUGGAUAGGAUUUUACGGCCAGAGGGUGCAGUCAUACUGCGGGACAGUGCUGAUGUACUGAACAAGGUUAGAAGUAUGGUGGGAGGAAUGCGGUGGAAGUCCAAGUUACUUGAUCAUGAGGAUGGCCCGCAUGUUCCCGAAAAGAUUCUGAUUUCAGUGAAAGAGUAUUGGGUUGGCAGCGAAGAACAGAACAGCUGA